CCGAACAGUCGGAGACAGAUCUGGUCUCAGCUCGAGUCGUUAUCCUGUUCAUUCACACAGGAUGCUUGCCCUCCGACUUACCGUGUUCGCCCUUCUCUACUGCGGGACCUGUGGUUUCUCCAGGUACUGGUUUAACAUGUUUAACAACUGCAACCCUCCUGAGAAGUUGUUGGGGAAGUUCUGUGCUGCUGUGGUGGACAACGACUACGACGAAGACGGCAGGGUGGACUUCAGAGAAGUCCACAAACAAAUCCUAGAUUUCAACUACGACGAUGACCCUUGCACCAUGCAACAGUGGGAGGCUGUGACAAGAUGGACGUGUCGGUACGGCUACUCCGAGGAGUACGGCCGAUUCAUGUACGGUCUCUACGACAGCGACGACAAUGGCGUUGUGAACGCAGACGACUUCAGCACAUUCAAUUUUACCACCGUCCAGUUCUUAUCGUUUCAAUACAUUCGUUUCAAGGACCUCUACUGCAGUGACCCGAAAAACAGGGAGAGCCCCCUUGACAAACUCCAGUGUGACGAGGUCGACAACCUGAGGCCAGAGGACAUCAAGUGUCCAUAAGGAUGACCCUCACUGAUCUUUAUGGGACCGUCCAUCUGUUUUUCUUGGGGGAGUGAAUCAUACAUAUAAAAAAAUAUCCGAAAAAUACGCUUGAAGAACAACUGAAGACAUUGUAUGUAUAAAAAAAGCAUUGAUGCCACAUGUGGUGGUACAAACAAUAUGUAGGUUCAUUGGUUUAAUUACAAAAAACAUCUGGUCUUCCUACAAAACCCCAACAGAAUAUCGAAUGGUCGGUCCCUAAUGUGAAACGUUAAUAAAACAUUGUGUAUAAA